AUGAUCGCAGACACGGAGCAGCAGAAUCACGUCUACCGGAAGCUCAUCCAGGACCAGCAGGCGCAGAUCGGCAUGCUGGUCGCGCAGCUGGGGGCGGCCGAGAGCCAGGCGCAAGCCCUCGCUGCUGACGGGCUUCGGGGGUCGGCAACCUGGGCCCCCAGCGAGGCGCAGCCAGCUCUGGGGCCGUUCCCGCAGUGCCCGCCCCAGUCCUCUGCCCGCAGCCCUCUGGAUGCCCGUCUGCAGGACGUCGAGAUCCUCGAGCGGGAGCAGAUGGCGGCACAAAGCGGCGCAAAGGCAGCCUCUGACCGUCCCUGGACACCACCGAGCGCAGAGGGCUGUGCGCGGCCCGCAAGCUCAUACUCAUAA